UCGAACAAAGACAGAUUCGAAUUUUUCGACACUCCCCCAACCAGUAUAAAUAAACGGACACGAUCGCCAUCGAAGCGAUAAUUAUACGAGUUAUACGAGUUAUACAAUAUCGAUUAAUAUCUACGAGUUAUCUGCGAACGAUUAUACACUGUCUUUGAGAAUGCGUUGCAACAGUAAGUUCUCGUUGCCGUUUCAUCAAUCCUCUACAAUUCCGCCACAAAUUGGUGACAUCCGACGUGAUUUGGAACGAAGAAAUGGCAACCGCUAACGAAGAUAGCAAAGUCACAGCUAGUGUAGCAAUCACUAUGUCUCCUCUGCUACCUUCAAACAUCACCGUGUGGUUCGCCUUAUUAGAGACGCAACUUCGCACGGCGGACAUCUCGUCGGACAAGAUAAGAUUCGCGACUCUUGGAAAAUGUCUCGACGGUCGACUUCUACAACAAAUUGAGGGCGUCAUGACGGAUCCUACAACCACGGGACGGUACGCGGGGUUAAAAGACGAACUUAUUCGUAUUCUAACGGAUACGGUUGAAGAAGUUGGUGGAAAGCGAAGAGAUGGGGGAUAGGAAGUCAUCUGAAUUUUAUCACCACCUGAGAAAACUUGCUAACCCCUCCACGCUGGACGAUUUCAUCCUCACGGCGUGGAGGAAUCGACUAUCCGUUCGCAUCAGGCGUAUCCUGACCGCAGUAGAUGACA